GGUGUAGUUUAUUUGCAGAACAGGAUUCAUUCGACUUUUGAUAGACCGUUAACAAUGUAGGAAAAGUACUGUCUGCGCCAUUGUUUUGCUCUUCCGCUAGGAUUCACGCUUCCCCCAAAUAUUUUUUUGGCGUUGGUGGUGGUGAAGGCGGUUUGUAUGAAUAUGAAAGUGGAGCUGCGAUGACAAGAGAUCCCAAGCCAAGGCUGAGGUGGACUAGUGAUCUUCAUGAUCGGUUUGUUCAUGUUGUCACUAAGCUUGGUGGCCCUGACAAAGCAACUCCCAAGUCAAUGCUGAGACUCAUAUGCUUUAAGGGAUUAACAUUGUACCAUUUAAAGAGCCAUUUGCAGAAAUACAGACUCGGGCAGCAGGCUUCCAGGAAACAGGAUACGGUAGAGCAAAACAUUGAGAACAGUGGGGAUUCCCAUGGACGUUACAAUAUGCAUUCUAUGUGCACGACUGAGAACACAUCAAAACUGAAUGGCAAAAGAGGUGGUUUAGACAGUUUCGGCAAAGAGACAACAAGCUCAUGGCUCCAAAAUCCCCACGAGCUGAAUCUUUUCCUCUUCAAUCCAUUUCUUACAGGGGUUUUUCAAUCAUCUCAAACUGGAUAGUUUCCCUGCGUUGAGGGGGGAUUGUUCUGGUGAAUUCAUGGCCUGUGUUUUCUGUUUCGUAAUUAAAUCUGACUCAAUCUUAUUCCGACCUUUUUCAAUUUUGUUGGGAGACUUAGGUUCUAAAUCAAAAAGAAAAAGGACAAAUGUGGAACAAGAUAAAGAAAAUAUCAAACCAACAGAAGAGGGGAGUCCCACCCCUGGUGAGUUCUCUUAAGGCCUGUUUGAUAAAAGUGUUACCCUCAUAGGAGUUUGAUAUUAUCAGUGAGCAUGCAAGCAUUUAUAAAUUAAUGUCACUCAUUUAUGUACCCUCAUUUUGUGUAUUGUAUGUGUUUUUCAUUGUUUUGCUUUUUAAGGUGGUCUCCAGAGCUUAAUCCAUCAUUCCCUCCUAUAUAACAUAUAACAUAUAUUAUUCAAUCCACUUAAUUUUCCACUUAAUUGAGCUACUUCACUGCACUUGCUAUUUCCAGCUUUCAAGUAAGCUGUGUUUUGGAGCCAUUUGAUAUCAUGUGAUGCUGUCUAAUCUCUUUCUACUUCGCGUAGCUUUCCAUCGCAGUGGUUUAGAUAGUUUCGGCAAAGAGACAAAAAGCUCAUGGCUGCAAAAUCUCCAGGAGCUGAAUAUUUUCCUCAACUCAUUUCUUACAUGUCAGUUUGAAUUAUUGUUCAAUUUGAAUUCAAAACCCCAAAUUACAUACAACACAAAUCUUUGCACACUGAAUCAAACAUUAGGAAGGCGAUGAAGGAGGUUGUCAGGAUGAGCUUCAGUUUUUAUGUUUCUUAUUUCUACAUUUGUUUAGUACUCGGUUUGUAAUGAUCGACCUCCGCUGUCAAAUUUGACCAAUCAGAGUUUAAGAGAUUUUAACUUUACACAAUAUAAAAACUUAUCUCCAGAGAUCAUUUAUUAUAUAAUUAAAAAUGUUGGAGCUGUUAUAACUCUUAUUUGUGUUGGGUGCUGCUAUAUUAUUUUACAGAUAUUGAGGUCAAGUAGAUGUUGGUGCCCCGUCUCUCAGAAAGCUCAAAUUUUAACAAGGUUUAUUAGAUAUCAGAAUGCACGACUUUGUCGGCCGGACUGCAUAAGAGAGAUAGUAGCUGCAUUCCACCUCUUAUAUACGCCUUCAUGGGUAGUUCAAAAGACAUUGCCAUAGGAUAAGUGGCAGUGGUCUCUCUUUUGAUGGGCACAUUGCUACAAAAUGAACUUGAUCCUGAAACAAACAAACUUGAAUUUCAACGCCUUGCACUUACUGCGAUAUUCUUUGCUGGUGUUGCUUAAACUACAUUUCAGAUGUAGAGACACAGGAAUUCUGGAUGAAAGAAAUUGCAAGGUAGACCAGACGUAGAAGCUCUGGUUGAUCAAUUGUCCAGAGUAUGGUACGCGGAGGUUGUGUUGCUUAACACGUGCUGUUUUCAAAUGGACCAAAACAACAGACUUUUGGCAUAGAUUGAUCUCCUGCAAUUGCUUUAUCAGUUCAACAGAUCAAACUCUUCUCUUGCUACGUGUACAUCAAUGGAUGCUGGCAUGCAUUAUUGUAGCCGGAGGGAAUUUGUCGAUUUUGUGGAGGUUUAUCUUAUUCUGUUAACAGACAGAUGAAAAAGAUAGCCAUAGGAAAUGAGGAACUCAUUCUUUCUCUAGGCUAUGACUAUUAUGGUGAUAUGUGGAUGUGCAUAUGUGAUGUCCGGCUAUUUAAUGUCUAGGCUCUGUCUUCCCAGUAAGAUUCAUAUUUUGCUACUGCUGUUUAAUUUGUAGAAACUUAAUGUGAUAUUUCUUGCCAUGGUGUAA